UUUCAGCUGAAACUCAAGCUAAACAUAGCAUGAUAGCUAUAGACCAACUGAAACUGAAUUAGUCUCUUGCUCAGUUUGGUAGCUUUUAAAUGUUGUCACAUGCUUGAAGCACGUUGCUUGUACAUAUAUUCGUUCUGUCGACAGAAUUAACCAUUUUUGCUUUUCAUUUUCGAUUUUCUAUCGGUAAUACACAAAAGUGUGAGAGGUUUUUAAUUUUGCUACCAAUUUCUUAAACUAUAUUCGCUACCUUUGGAACGUAUCCUUUUGUUUCAAGUUCUGCAUUCGUCUUCUUUAUUUCUUAUGCGUUUUUAAAUGUAUAGCUGGAACAGUGUGACAUCCAUCAACUACUCCUUACUCGUCGACUUAUUAGGAUUAUUAGUCUUAAACUUCUAAACCAAAAAGCAACAAAACUAAUCAGAGUUACCUGCUCGAGUUGAUAGCUUUUAGUUAGAUUAGACAGUUAGAUUAAAUCAUUUGACCAUAUAGAUAACUAUUUAAACUACUUGAACUUGCUGCUUGUAUAUUUACCAAUGGCUGACUGCAGAUACAGAGCUCCUUUCCAGCACGCUAAUUCUGCACCGGAUGGUUCAACAAACACUGAAAAAGGACUGACAGCUGAUUCGCCUAAGUUGAAAACGUCGUCGCCUUGCAACAAGAGUCGAAAGUUUGACUUUCCUCAGAAAUCUAACCAACUUCUUGAAAAAGAGAAUCAGAAUCCGGUGGGGACAAGUUCUGGAUCUGGAAACGAGAGUUUGCUCUCAAAGAAUCAGAGCGAGAACUCAGACUCACUCAAUUCUGAACUCAAAUCAAUUCUGGAACAAAUUGAAUCUGGUCAAUUGAAAGCGAGCACUCCCAUUCUGACCAACGUGUUCACUAGAAACAGCAUGAUCUACAUCACGGCGGAGAAGGUCAAGUUGCUUCAACAGUUCGCAGAAAAGAUGAAAAACAAUAAAGAAUUCGAGGCCCUAAAAAUUCGUCCUUUUCACCUGAAGGUUUCCAAUAAACCAACAUUUGUUUGUGGACAAGCUUUGAAAUCUGAUCAAAUCGACGAAUCAUUCAACUGCGAAGUAGUUGCGAAGGUGUUUCUGAAUGGUACUGGAAAUGAAGCGGGCAAGUCUGUGUCUGUGUGUGUAUCAGUGGUGAACAAAGAUGCGGACAGACAGAAUCUUCUAGAAGGUCGGAAGCUGAUUGUCUCAAUCUACCUCAAAGAUCUAAACGAAAACAAGCCUUACAGAAAAGAUUUCAAAAUGGAUUUUUCUCCUGAGUUGGAAAAGGGGGAAAAGGGACUAUUAAAAUUUGUUUCUAAACGCGAAUUAGAUGACUAUAUUACAGAUGACGGUGCGGUCACUUUUGGUGUGUCGAUUCUGUUAGGAUCACAACAACACACCGAGCAGUGAUUGAUGCCAGAAAUUGUACUAUAAAAUCUUAUCUCAAUGAAAAAAGCUCAGUAUAUGAUACAAGUAUAACCUAAACAUUACACUGUAAAAGUUUUGCCCUAGCUUGGUGAAAAAAAUAUUUUCCUUAUAUCGCUGGAAAAUAAAAGUUAGCCUAAUUUUGUCACGGAAAUUUUCUUAUUUCUUACAACAGGUACUCAUGAGAGGGGGCGGAGUCUAGUAAUCAUCAGACCACAAAAAAAAAACUCAUUGCCACCAAGUUGUGCGAAAGCCACCAAUUUUGUGCUGAAUUUUUAUUAAAAAAUUGAUGAUUCUUGCUUGA